AUGGAAAAUGACGCGAAGACUGUCACAAUAAGAAAGCUUCGCCAAGAGGAAGAGAUCGAAGCACGUGACAUCGUGGUGUCUGCGUUCUACGGACAGAUAGUGACGCUCCGCGCUGCUGUUUGCUUCGUACUCGCAGUUUUUUCCGGUCUCAGACACAUUUUAGAGCCCCUUAUCUUUUGCCUGUAUGUCAUAUUGGGCCUUCUUAUGACAAUCUUUCACGCAGUCACAAAUUCCGUGCUGAUUUCUGUGGUUUUAACGGCCGCCUGGAGUCUUCCCACCGCCUGGGGUCUCAUCUACUGCUCGUUUUACGGGCUAUACGUGCGUUCACGCCGAAGGGAGCUUGACCAUCUGUACUCCUACUACAACGGCAAAGCCGGCAGCAAGUUCUGGGUGGCGGUGUGCGGUGAGAAGAUCGUCGGGACGGUCGCUCUGGACAGGGUGUCCGACACCGUGGCCGAGCUGAAAUGGAUGAGCGUCCUGCCCGAGUACCGACGCAGAGGCGUGGGUACCCGCUUGAUGAAACGUUUUGAGGGGUUCUGUAGAUCUGAACGCGUCAGGAAAAUCCGGCUCCACACUUCUCGUAUUCAGCCUGAAGCUCUGCGUCUGUAUCAAAAAUGGGGAUUUGUUUGGACCAAUACGACGUCGCUUGCCGCAAUGCACGGGCACUAUUUACUACAGAAGCUGAUCUAA